CUCUCCGCGGGAGAUGCGCGCGGUGCUGACGGUGCCGCCGCCGCAGCGCUGCAGCCGGAGCGGGAGGAAGAAGCGGCGGCGGCGGGGGCGGAGGAGGAGGCGGCGGCGGCUCCUGCAGCCCCCGGGCCGUGAGCCGGGCGCCGCCGCCCCCUAGAGCGAGCCGGCCGGCUGCCGCCCCCAUGCAUCCCGCGCUGUACACCCGGGCCACCAUGAUCCGCGAGAUCGCCGCGGCCGUGGGCUUCAUCUCCAAGUUCCUGCGGACCAAGGGGCUGAUGAACGAGCGGCAGCUGCAGACCUUCAACCAGAGCCUGCAGGAGCUGCUGGCAGAACACUAUAAACAUCACUGGUUCCCCGAAAAACCAUGCAAGGGAUCAGGUUACCGAUGUAUCCGGAUCAACCACAAGAUGGAUCCUCUCAUUGGACAGGCAGCUCAACGGAUUGGACUGAGCAGUCAGGAACUGUUCCAGCUUCUUCCAAGUGAACUCACCCUAUGGGUUGACCCAUAUGAAGUCUCCUACCGUAUUGGAGAGGAUGGCUCAAUCUGUGUGCUGUAUGAAGCAGCCCCAGCAGGAAGCAGUCAAAAUAACACCAACAUGCAAAUGGUAGACAGCAGAAUAAGCUGCAAGGAGGAACUUCUCUUGGGUAGAACAAGCCCUUCCAAAAGCUACAAUAUGAUGACUGUAUCGGGUUAAGAUAUAAUCUAUGGAUGGAUCACCUUUUUAAAAUGGAUGGAUAAAUUUGGUUUUUACUUUGGGUGGGGCACCUCUGGGGAUGGAUUAUGGAAUUUAAACCAUGUCACAGCUGUGAAGAUCUGGCACACAAUAGAGAGUGGUAAACUUUAAAGUGACAGUGCCAUAGUUUGGACAGUACCUUUCAGUGAUUUAAUAGCCUGUGAGUUGAGUCAAAAUGAUCAUCAUUUGCUAGGGAGUGAAGAAGGCUUAGGAAGGUUCAGCUUUUCCCAGAUAUCUAUCUCAAUUUCUAUACCAGUCCUUUCAACCCAAAUCUGUAUUUAUCAAGUGAUUCUCUGCAGUAGGUCUUGCAGAGUAAAUUUGCACUAUUACAUUUUUAGAUUGUUACCAUUUUUGACAGCUCAGUAACAAGGCUUGUUAUAUGCAGGACAGUACUGGAAACUUUAUUGUAGACUUUUACCUAGCGCUUACACUAUGUAUAAAUUUACAUAAGACAAACUAGUAAGCAUGACCUGGGAAAAAUGGUCAGAACUUCAUUUUUUUUUGGCCUUGAAAGUAGCAAGUGACCAGAAUUUGCCAUGGCAACAGGCUUUAAAAAGACCUUACAAAGACACUGUCUGAACUGUGGUGUUAGCACCAGCCAGCUAUCUGUACAUUUGCUAGCUUGUAGUUUUCUAAGACUUGAGUAAACUUUUUAUUUUUAGAAAGUGGAGGUCUGGUUUGUAAUUUCCUUGUACUUAAUUGGGUAAAAGUCUUUUCCACAAACCACCAUCUAUUUUGUGAACUUUGUUAGUCAUCUUUUAUUUGGUAAAUUAUGAACUGGUGUAAAUUUGUACAGUUCAUGUAUAUUGAUUGUGGCAAAGUUGUACAGAUUUCUAUAUUUUGGAUGAGAAAUUUUUCUUCUCUCUAUAAUAAAUUGUUUCCUAUCUUGGCAUUUUAA